CAAGAACAAUCUUUGAUUUUAUUUUGAAGAUAUUUGAUAAGUGAACAAUGAACUCGCUAGAAAUGCUUGGAGAGUACAGUAGUAGUUCUGAUGAGGAAUCAAUUUCAAUCAGUAAAACUAAUACUGCGAGCUCUCAAAAGUCAAAGCUGGUUGUCCCGGACGCAAUAUGUGCUUUGUAUGCCACAGAACAAACGGAGCACAACGAUCCGACCAAACAUCAGGGACGUGUAAGAUCUUUUCAACAUGUGAAAGGAAAUUGGGCCACUUUCCUUUACAUUCCUUACCCCAAUCCCCAUUGUAAUGAGCUGAGAUCUUACGUUGAAGAUUUGUUGCAAUUUCAAGGCUUAGAUCAUUGGAAAAUAGUUGAUGAUUUCCACCUGAGCGUGUCUCGAACUUCUGCGAUUCCACAUCAUUUUAUUGAACCUCUUGUUGAGGGAAUUCAAGGCUGUGCCCAGAAAUUGUCUCCAGUUAUUUUAAAUUUUUCUUGUGAUUUGAAAUUUUAUGUCAAUGAUGAAAAGACAAGAUCUUUUUGUGGAUUUGAGGUCACAUCACCUUUCAUUCUUGCCAAGUUACAGACCCUUGUGGACCACAUAAACAAACCAUUAAAAGAUUACAAGUGCGACAGCUAUUAUGAGAACCCUUCCUUCCACAUAAGUAUAUCUUGGACACUUGGAAAUAUCUUUGAACAAAAUUGGAAAAAGCAGCUUGAGAUAUUUCAGACCCAUUGGUCCGAAGUGUUCAUUGAAUCACCAGAGUUAUUUUCUUUUGAAGCAAAUAAUUUAGUUUGUAAAUGUGGAAAUCGACUUUUCACGUUUGAAAUAAGCUACAAAUCUUGACCAGGCACAUAUAGGCUAUGCAUGAUUUAAACCAAUCAUACUACUAUAGAAACACGUUAUACAAGUUCUGAAAUUAAAGAUCUUCAGUACAAAAUUGAAGCUGCUUAUGUAUAUCAUAUUAUCCUUGUGUUUUACUUUAAUAACAAUAACACUCAUCUAUUUGUUUCUGUGUACUUCUUUUAAACAAUCUUCAGUAAAUAAAGCUGAUUAAAUUUGUUUUCUUUUUCACUGACUAUAUCAACACAAAAUCUCAACGAAAUAAAUUUAUUUUUUC